AUGGAUCCAUUUAAUGAAGUUAAACAAGAUGCUGACAAUACUAAAAAUAUAUUACAAUCUAUAAUAGACAAGAAGAAUAACUCAUCAGAUAUAAUCCAAGACUUUAAUAAUAAUUUUCAAGAAUUAGAAGAAAUUUAUGAAGAUUUAAAGCAAGCAUUAAUAAUAAGUGAAUCGCAACCUUCAAAUUUCAACUUAUCAUUAGAUGAUAUUGCAAAUAGGAAAAAUAUAUUAAAAGACUUAAAUAAUGAUAUAAAACGAUUGAAAAAUUCAUGGGAAGACAGGAGAAAUGUCAAAUUACGAGAUGUCACAACUAUGUCAAAUAGAAUAUCACAAGAAUAUAAUCAAGCUGGAAAUCCAUUUGAUAAUGGGAAUGGUACUGGGAUUACUCAAUAUCAACAACAAGAAUUGAUUCAAGAACAAGAUUCUCAAUUAGAUAAUAUUCAUCAAACUAUGAAGAAUUUAAAUUUACAAGCUCAGAUCAUGGGUAAUGAAUUAGAAGAUCAAGGAUAUAUGUUAGAUGAAUUAGAUUAUGAAUUAGAUAAUGUAGAUAAUAAAUUAAAUCGUGGUUUAAAAAGAAUGAAUAUUUUUUUGGAAAAAAAUAAGGAGACUGCUAGUAAUUGGUGUAUUGGUAUUUUAGUUGUUAUACUAUGUAUUUUAUUAGUGUUGUUAAUUAUAGCUUAG